CGUUCUGAGUGCCCACUUUCCUUUAGUUCACCUCCCAGUAGUGACAGUUGUUAUUAUUAUGGAUCCGCCACUAAGAGAACUUGGGAGGAGGCUCGCCAGCGAUGCAUUAGUAUGGACGCAGAUCUCCUCAAAAUCAAUGAUGCUAAAGAACAGACAGUCAUACUGGAUAUACUGAAGAAGAAGGAUGCACAGCUCCCUGGUGUUCAGGAAUGGUGGGUGGGAAUGAAAAGAGAGAAAAACGACAUCAAUCAAUGGACUUGGACCGACUCUUCAUCAGCGAAUCAUUCCUACAUACGCUGGGGCAUAGACGAACCAAACAAUUACAACCAGAAUGAACACUGCGGAGAGAUUUGGGAAAGCACAUUCAAUGAUAAAAACUGUGACAGCAAGUUAAACUUUGUCUGUGAGAGACCAAAAGACCAACCCGUGCGAUGUUCUGUAGAAGAUGGAUACAGCUACCAUAACAAGAAAUGCUAUAAGUUUUACAACAAUCAACUUAAGAGAAGCGAGGCAUUGUCAGCAUGUGCCGGUGAGUUUGCACAGCUGGUAACCAUAGAAACAGAAGAAGACCAACAUGCUGUGACUGAGCUAGCUUAUAGUUACCAGUCCAAUGUCUGGCUUGGCAUCAAGUUUAUGAAUAAAGUCUCUCAAUGGCUGGUAAUUAAUAGUCCUAACUGGGAACAGCCAGCUAAUAUGUUUUUUUGGCAGACCGAUGAUAAUUUUAACAAUUCUAUUGAAAACUGCGCUGCACUUAAUGUAUCUGCUAAAGACAACGUGAAUAAUUGGUACAUUGAAAACUGCACCUUAACAAAUGCCUUUAUUUGUCAAAAGCCAGCAGGUGUGUGUUCAAGAGGUUUUGAACAAUACGAGGAGAAAUGCUUCCUUUUCAAAGAGAACAUGAAGCAGUCGUGGAACCAGGCUAAGCACUAUUGUGAGGGGUUUGAGAGCAAUUUGUUGGAGAUUGAAUCUGACGGAGAACAAAAUUAUAUAAGUACAAAGUUACAAAAGAGAAGAGUUAUUCCCCGGCUUUGGAUUGGAAUCAAGAGCAAACAUACUGGAAUGACAAAUGGCAGUUUAAGCAUGGAUAAGGCCAACUAUUACUGGGAAAUGUCCAAAGGAACAAGGACUCCGGCCUACCUUAAUGUCAGGGCUACUGGUACUGCCAGCGCUUGUGGAUAUAUUGAUCCAGGCAGGUCAGGUGGAUGGUACUUUGACUUGCCGUGCAACACGCCCCUACCCUUUAUAUGUUACAGUGAUGUGAUGAACGGGAAUGUCCAACCGCGCCAAUUUACAACCUUCACAACACCUACGACAACAACAACUAUUCAGACAACACACAGAGCAUUAAUUCCCGUCAUACCUGUAACAAAGAAGACAAGUGUUAUAGUCCAGCCUACCUCAACAGUGACCAAGCAGAUUGUCACCACAACAGAUAAGUUAGAUUAUUGCCAUUGA